AUGUCUUCUGCCGACAAGUCCAGGCAGUCGUCUGGCGGCAAGGGAGGGGGCUUCUUCUCGCGCAGCAAGCACAAGAGCAGCGCCAGCGACAGGCGCGACGACGACGGCUCCUCCACCCACUCGGUGCCGCGCCAUGUCAGAGGCUCGUCCAUCAUCUCGGUCGACCGCCCCGUCACCCCCGACGCCGCCAUGGCCAUGGGCAUAAACCACAUGGCCGGCCCCAUGACCGCCAUCCCCUACAACACCACCAACGCAGACCGGCGCAGCCCCAUCCCCGUCGAGUACCUGCCGCGGCCCGACCACAUGUCCGUCCAGCGCGAGCCCCUGCCGCACCAGCUCAAUAAGUCCACCAGCGAUUUCCACCAGUACCCCUCGGUCGAUGCUAACCCCCUGGCACAAAUGGCCGCCGGCUCCCACCUCUCUGGCCCUCGUCCUCCCCCCGGCACCGCCAACAUCACCAUGGCCUCGACCGGCCAGCGCAACACCCAGUUCCAGCAAUGGGGCCCCAUGCUGCAGCCCGGCCUGCCGCCCCGCCCCGGCACCUCCAGCAGCAGCUACAGCAAGACCAACAGCGGCGCCUACAACGAGCGCAGCGACUCCCUCGCCUAUUCCAACUGGCAGGCUAGCCGGAUCUCGAGGGAGAGCGACCAGGCCAGCAUAUUUUCAGGUAAAGGAGGACCCCCCGACUCUGCCACGACUCCGCGCUCAUCCUUGUUACCAGCACUGCCCAGUGCCACCUCCCAGAGCUCCUUCAACUCGCACCAGUCCAGCCGCGACUCGCACCGGUUAACCAAAUUCCCAGGUGGCCCUUACUCGCCAGCAGCCGCCAACGGUGGCGGGCCUGACGCCUUCCAGCUCACCAGACCAGACGAUGACCGGGUUACCGAGCAGAUGUUUUACGAGCUGAUGCAGAAGCGAGGGUGGCACAACCUGCCCGACCAGGCCAAGCGCCAGAUGAUGGCAUAUCCGGCUUCGAAGAAAUGGACUCUAAUCUACCAGGAUCGCCUGACUGAGUGGCAGGGCGACCAGAAGAGGCGGCAGACGGCUAGGAUAAACCAGUACUCGGCGGCAGACAUUGCGACCAUUGCCUCGGCCGACGAGGAGGGCUCACCGGAAUGGUACGUUCGCAAGGUUAUGGACAACAGCUUGGAUUCCAAGGGCCUGGGCAGUCUGGAGGUCAACCUGAGGACACAGCAGAUUGGCUGGGUCAAGCGCUUCAUUGAGUGCCAGGGCCAGAUUGCCUUGACGACUUUGCUCCUCAAGAUCAACCGCAAGACUGCCAUCGGACCCGCUGCACCGUCAGACUCGAAGAGCAGCGAGAAGAACCUCGAUAAGGAAUACGAUAUUGUCAAGUGCUUGAAGGCUCUUCUCAACAACAAAUAUGGUGCCGACGAUGCCAUCUCUCACCAGCAGGUCAUUGUGUCACUGGCGACGUCGCUUAUUUCCCCGCGGUUGACCACAAGGAAGCUGGUCAGCGAUGUCUUGACGUUUUUGUGUCACUGGGAGCAGGGGCAAGGGCACAUGAAGGUUAUCGAGGCUAUGGAUACCGUCAAGACGCAACAGAACGAGAAUGGUCGGUUCGACGCCUGGAUGCGCCUCGUCGAGGUCACUGUCGACGGACGCGGAAAGAUGGGCAGUCUUGUCGGAGCCAGCGAAGAAGUACGCAGCGGCGGCAUCGGCAUGGAGAACCUGUUGAUGGAAUACGCCGUGGCGACCCUCAUUCUCAUCAACAUGCUCGUCGAUGCGCCCGAAGGGGACCUGCAGCUAAGGAUGCAUCUCCGGGCCCAAUUUGGCGCAUGUGGUAUCAAGCGGAUCCUCACCAAGAUGGACGCCUUCCAGUAUGACUUGAUAGACAAGCAGGUCGAACGAUACCGGACCAACGAAGCUAUCGACUACGAAGAUAUGCUUGAGAAAGAGGGCAGCAGUAUCAAGGACAGUAUAGAAGGCGAGGUCAAGGAUCUCAACGACCCCGUUCAGAUCGUGGAUGCAAUCCAACAGCGGCUUGUGGGCACCAAGACACAAGAUUACUUCAUCUCCGCCCUGCAGCAUCUGCUUCUCAUUCGCGAAAAUGAUGGAGAGGAACGCUUGCGCAUGUUUCAGCUGGUGGAUUCCAUGCUUAGCUAUGUGGCCAUGGAUAGGAGACUGCCCAAUAUGGACCUCAAGCAGAGUCUGAACUUCACCGUCCAGAGCUUGCUUGACAAGCUACAUACCGACUCCGAAGCACGACAAGCUCAGGAUGAAGCCCUCGAGAGUCGCCAAAUCGCCGACGCCGCUAUGGCCGAGCGCGACGAGAUGAAGGCUGAGCUCGAGUUGGGAGCCGAUGGACUGGUCGCAAAGCUGCAGAAGCAGUUGAACGAACAGGCUAGGUUCAUUGAAGCGCAAAAGCGACACGCUGAUGGCCUCAAAGCUGAGAUCGAGAACAUGCAGACGGUCAGGGCCAAGGAGGCCCAGCGCUAUGAGCUUGAGACUAGGGAGCUAUACCUCAUGCUACGCGAUGCUCAGGACGUGGCCGCUUCGCAGGCUGUCAAGGGCGGAAAUGAUAGCAAGGCGCCAGCUGAAGACCCUGCCCGAAUGCAAGGUAUCCUGGAUCGAAAGAGGCUCAUGGAACGCCUUCAGAUGCAGAUCGAGCGUCAGAAGACUCAGUACAAGCUCGAAGGCAGAGUCUGGGGCGAUACUGUCGGCCCUUCAGAUCGCUUGCGGGCGUUACGAGAAGAGAUGGACGGAUUCUCUGCACCUGAGGGCGCUGGUAUGCCACCAGCUGGAUUCGGUGGUGGAAUCACCAAUAGUAUGCUUGGGUCGGUCAACCGACAGACCAAGAUUCCGAGGAAGCCAAUCAACUCCAAGGGCGAGAUCAUCGAAGAAGGUGAAGAGGAAGGCGAAGACGGGAUUGUCUACGAGAAGCCUAGAGUCGUCGAAAUCCGGAGGCCGGUUAUGGAUCCAAGACAAGCCAGCAAUCUCAUGGCCGAAAUUCAAGCCAAGGGUAAGAAGUUCGAUGCCAGCGACUCGGAAGACGGCGAUGGCGUCACAACGGGUCCAUCUCAUCCCAGCUUGGAAUCGCAAUCGCCGAUUACACCCAGCGACCCCGAUGCCCCCAAGAUCCAGGUCACUGGUGCAUCAGGUGCUCCAGCUCCUCCGCCUCCGCCUCCGCCCCCACCGCCGCCGCCUAUGCCGGGACAACUCCCAGGCGCUCCACCUCCGCCACCGCCCAUGCCAGGCGCUCUCCCCGGUGCGCCUCCGCCGCCGCCGCCGCCUCCACCGCCUCCCCCCAUGCCCGGUAUGGCCGGCAUGCCUCCACCGCCUCCUCCACCUCCAAUGCCCGGCGCUGUUCCCGGCGCUCCUCCGCCUCCACCACCAAUGCCUGGUGCCAUGUCUGGACACUUCUUGUCUGCCCAAAGCAACUUCGCACCAACUACUACCACCCUUGGUCUCCCCGUUGUUAGGCCAAAGAAGAAGCUCAAGGCACUCCACUGGGAGAAGGUCGACGCCCCAGAGACAAGUCAUUGGGCUGCGCAUGCACCCACAGCAGAGGAGAGAGAAGAGAAGUAUAUUGAGCUUAGCAAGAGGGGUAUUCUUGAUGAAGUUGAGAAACUUUUCAUGGCUAAGGAGAUCAAACAACUUGGUAUGGGCACCUCUAAGAAGGAUGACAAGAAGCAAAUCAUCUCUGGUGACUUGCGCAAAGCUUAUGCUAUCGCCCUUUCCAAGUUCUCUCAGCAUCCUGUUGAGAAGAUUGUGCAGAUGGUCAUUCACUGUGACAAGGAUGUUCUAGACAACCCCGUCGUCAUGGACUUCUUGCAGAAAGACGAUCUGUGCAACAUCCCCGAUACUGUCUCAAGACAAAUGGCUCCCUACAGCAAGGACUGGACUGGACCCGCGGCUAAUAAAGAGGCUCGUGAGCAAGAUCCUUCCGAGCUUACUCGAGAGGAUCAGAUCUACCUCCAAACGGCCUUUGAGCUGCAUCACUACUGGAAGAGUAGGAUGCGGGCUCUAGCGCUAACAAAAACAUUUGAGUCUGACUACGAUGAGAUCAACGACAAGAUACGACAAGUCGUCGAGGUAUCUGAAUCACUACGUGACUCGGUGUCCUUGAUGAACGUUCUUGGUCUCAUCUUGGAUAUCGGUAACUACAUGAACGACGCCAACAAGCAGGCUCGCGGUUUCAAGCUGAGCUCACUUGCACGUCUUGGCAUGGUCAAGGACGACAAGAAUGAGUCAACAUUAGCUGACCUGGUCGAACGUAUUGUUCGCAAUCAGUACCCCGAAUGGGAAGGUUUCGCCACGGAUAUUGGCUCCGUCAUUGCAGUGCAGAAGAUCAACGUCGAGCAACUGCAGUCCGACGCGAAGAAAUACAUUGACAAUAUCCAGAACGUACAGAUGUCGCUCGACAGUGGAAACUUGUCCGACCCUAAGAAAUUCCACCCGCAAGACCGUGUCAGUCAGAUUGUUCAGCGCUGCAUGAAGGAGGCCCGUCGUAAGGCCGAACAGAUGAGCCUGUACCUUGAGGAGAUGGUUCGCACCUACAACGAUAUCAUGGUCUUCUACGGAGAAGAUCCGACCGACGACAGUGCCCGUCGCGACUUCUUCUCCAAGUUGGCCCUAUUCUUGAAUGAAUGGAAGAAGUCUAGAGAGAAGAACGUGAACUUGGAGGAAACCCGCCGCAGGAACGAGGCAAGCAUGAAGCGCAAGCAUGCUCAGCUCAAGAUCAAUGCUGCUGCUGCCGAAGCAAAUGGCCAGCCACUGGCCAGUCCCGCUAGUGCCGGUGCUAUGGACAGCCUACUCGAGAAGCUGCGCGCUGCUGCUCCACAGGCACGAGAUCAGCGCGACCGCAGGCGGAGAGCGCGUCUCAAGGACCGGCACCAAGUGCGCAUAGCGAGCGGACAGAAGAUACCGAACAUCAACGAAAUUCCCGAGGUCGAGGCGGCUGGCCUACGAUCAGAUGGCACAAGUGCCGCUGAUACUAAUGAGGGGCCAACCAGCCCCGGCCUGUUGUCUCCAACCUCUACCGAUGGAGCAGCCGCUGGCGAAGAUACGCUAGCGUCACGGGCCGAGAUGCUCCUUCGGGAUAUGCGCGGUGGUGACGGCGCGACCGAUGACGGCAAUGCCGAGGGCAGAGACAGCCUUAGGCGAAGCGCCGCAGAAGAGCGUCGAUCGAGAAGAAGAAGAGUCAAAGGCGCCAGUACAGCCAGCAGCGGUGCAGGGGCCGACGGCGCAGAAGAAGAGGGUGUAACGAGUCCCACCAAGGAAGAAGUCCCACCGGUACCUACUGUUGCGGUCACCGCCGAGGAUUGA